CGGCGAGACUUGGAAGGCGGCCAUUUUUGAAGGUGGGAGGGCGACUGUCCAGUCUUCAAUAGACACGUGAGCAUACAGCUAGCCUUCAAACAGCCAUGGCGACGAAGACAGACACGUCACAAGAUCCGACCAAACUGGAGAGGAUGGGCAAGGUCAGAGAAAUAGGGGACCAAGCUGUAUGGUCAGUGUCGUCAUGUAAGCCAGGUUUUGGAGUUGACCAGUUGAGAGAUGGGUCACUGGACACCUACUGGCAGUCAGACGGCCCACAACCACACCUGGUCAACAUUCAGUUCAGGAAGAAAACUGCUGUGAAGAGUCUAUGUCUGUAUGCAGACUACAAGUCAGACGAGAGUUACACGCCCAAUAGAAUCUCCAUCCGUACAGGAACACACUUCCACGACCUGCAGGAGGUGGAGCAGGUGGAACUGAGCGAGCCCACAGGCUGGGUCAUCAUCCCCGUACAGGACAAGAGCCUGCAGCCACAGAGGACAUUUAUGAUCCAGAUCGCUGUUCUCUCCAACCAUCAGAACGGACGGGACACUCACAUGCGGCAGAUCAAGAUACAUGCACCAGUAGAGGACGGACCCAUGUCCAAAUUCCCUAAAUUCAGCUCUCUAGACUGUAAAAUGCACAGCUGUAUUAGAUAGCAAAUUUAUAUUAUUGUUAACACUAUGGUUAUCACUAGGACUUUGCAAUGUUCCCUAUUAUUAAUAUUAUUAGCAUGACAACCAAAACAGAAAUUAACUUUUUGUAUGAAAACCGGCAAGCAAGAUGU